AUGGAUAAGGACGCCAACUCGGAAAGAGUGUGUACUGUGUGUGGAUCUAAAGAAAAUUUAAAACGAUGUACUCGGUGUAAAGGAGUUCUUUACUGUUGUCGUCAGCACCAGAUACAGGACUGGCCUUCUCAUAAAUUAAACUGCAGUCCAAACCAGGCUAUCGACACAGCCACGAAACUGAAAGUAAACAAACAGACUAACGUGAAGGACACGUUUUUGCGAAAUGGAAACAAUGUUAACGAUUCUGUAAACAAUUCGGGUGCAACUAAUAAUGAUUUCAUUGAAUUUGGCAGUAACCCCUUCAAGGAAAUAAAUUUCAAGAGACCACUUUCCUCAGAAGGUUCGAAACUCGCUGAGUUUGUUAUCCAUUAUUUGAACAAAAAUAACUUUUGCAUCGUCGAUGGAAUAUUUUCUGACACACAUUUACGUAAGGUUUUAGAUGAAAUAAAAAUUCUAAAUGCAGAAGGGUGUCUGAAACUCGGUCGACUAUCGGGAGGUCGUACGAGUGCUCAAGAAGCAUUAAAAGUGACCAAGACUGAGAUAAGAAAUGACACCAUAUACUGGGCGGAAGGAACGGAGUCACGACAUCCCAACAUCAACAAAGUGGUGCAAAAAAUGGACUCUGUCUUAUCGACCCUUAAUUGUUACUUUGAUGGAAAAUACUUUAUCAAUGGUAGAACAAAGGCCAUGAUUGCAUGUUAUUCUGGUAAUGGUUCCUACUACAGACGUCACGUAGAUAAUCCGAGCGGCGACGGACGUGUAAUCACGUGCAUUCUCUAUCUUAACAGAGACUGGAGGCCUAAG